CCGGUGGGUGAUACGUUUUGUGGACUCCAUAGUCAGGGAGUGCAUAGUCAUGGUUGCCGGGUAUGAGCUGGAGGCAAAUCUCAUGUUGCUUCCCUUUGGUGAGUUUGACACCAUCUUGGGGAGGGACUGGCUAUCCAAGCACAGAGCGUUGGUGGACUGUUUUAACAAGGAGGUUCGGUUUGACAUAGAAGGAAGAUGAGUAGCGAUAUUCAAGGGGAUACGGAGGGCCAUUCCAACGAGCCUAAAAUCUGCAACCACCGCAUUCUCGCUAAUCCAUGAUGGGUGUGAAGCUUACUUGGCCUACGUUAUGGCGACACCAGAGGUUAAAUUCUAAGAGGUGGAAAUCAUGAAUGAGUUUCCUGACGUGUUUCCAAAAGAUCUUCAUGGGUUACCUCCGAGGAGAGAGAUUGAGUUUGACAUCGAAGUGGUGUCGGGUACUGCCCCAAUCUCCAUACCACCAUACCGAAUGGCGCCAGUAGAACUCAAGGAGCUAAAGGAGCAAUUGCAAGAACUGGUAGACAAGGGAUUCAUUCGCCCCAGUAUAUCCCCAUGGGGAGCCCCAGUGCUCUUCGUGAAGAAGAAAGAUGGGAGUUAUGCGUUUUGGCAAGAAGGGCAAAUUGAGCCCUAGAUACAUCGGGCCAUACGAAGUGCUGGAGCGAGUGGGCCCUCUGGCUUAUAGAUUGGCACUACCUCCAAACUUGUCCAAGAUCCAUAAUGUCUUCCAUGUUAGUAUGCUCAAGGGGUACAAAUCAGAUCCCACCCACAUUGUUAGGUUGGAAGAUAUCCAACUCGAUAGUGAUAUGACCUAUACGGAGGAACCGGUUGGGAUUAUUGACCGCCAGGAUAAAGAACUACGAAGGAAGAAGUUCCCUAUGGUGAAGGUGGUGUGGAGGAACCAAGGCAUAGAAGCGGCUACCUGGGAGAUCGAGGAGGAUAUGAGGAAGAAAUAUCCUGAGUUGUUUCUCGAUAUACCCUUGUAAUCGGUAGAUUUAGUAACAUGUUAUUAAGUCGGCGGUAAUAAGAGUGGAGACUAGUAUACCUUUAUUUAGUCUUAUGACCUCAAUUUCGAGGACGAAAUUUUCUUAAGGGAGAGGGAAAUGUCACACCCGAUACACUCAUACCCCUGUGCUUCCUAAAAUACCCUUUUCAAUGCAAUUAACCCUAGCUAAGCCUCUCCCACCCUCGGCUCACACUUUCCCUUUAGAUUAACUUAAAACUAAAAUUUAUGGAACCAAAAUCCAAGCCGCCGCAAACUCCAUCCCACCUCCGUCGUGUAAGACCCAACCGCGAAUCACCGGCGUGAGUAGAGGCAAGAAGAAGUGCUCCGCCAUCUCUCGCCACCUCCCCGCGCCGCAACCGCAUUGUCGUUCCGUUGCCCCCAGCUCGUCCGAUCGCGUCCUAGGAGGUAAGAAUGGCGGCACUGACUUUCCUUUCCAAUCCCAGGUCGGGCUUUAGCUAACCGAUUCAUGGUUUCUUCAUAAUGUCAACAGCGGCGACGGGAGGAAUGUAGACGCCAGCCGCCGAACUCAUCCUCUCUCCGAUCGACCCAACCAACACCCUCGAAUUCACUCAUUCUCCUUGACCUCAAGUGGUAAUGAUCUCGAUCCCAACUGGUCUCCAAGCUCGGUUUAAGCCUUGAAUAACCCAAAGCACGUAUAUUUGAUCCUAGCUUCGACGUCGACGUUGCGGGAGGUUAAACAACGUUCAAGCAAGGGGAGACCUACGCUCGGGAUCAUCAAAUACGGUUGUGGAGUCGUGUUGGAGGUAAGGUAUCGAAUCCCCAACGUUUAACAUGAAUCAAAUAUGGAUAUAUGCGUUCAUGCUUGUUUAGGAGUUUUAGCGAUGGGAUUUACAGGGCUUUAGUGACGGAUUUUGAGCUGUCACUAAAACUUCUGGGAAUUUCUAGAUCAGCCCCCUUAGAUUUAAAUGCAAUUGAUUUGGUCCCUGAACUUUGGUAUUUUACCAGAAACACCCCAAAGUUGCUAUUUGAUAAAAUUGAUUCUUACAUAAACCAAACAAUUGGAGUGGUAGUGAUUAGUAAUUUAUAAAUUACUAAUCCAAGACUUAGGAAGUAAAACCAUGGACCGUAUAGGUAAAUUGAGUUUGUGAUUGAUUUGUUAGUUAAUAUGUCUUAAUUUAUAUAGACCAAUUAUAAAUACGAUACUAGUUAGUUAAUAAGUUAUAACGAAAUUCUUUAUAUAUAUAUAUAUAUAUUUUAGUAGUUAGCAUAUUUUAAAUUCUUGUUUUAUCAAGCUUCUUAAAAAUACUUAAUGGAUAGUAAAAUUCAAUAAUAUGUUCAAGAUAUUAGGAAAUUUCGCAAGUCAAAUUAAUAAUGAAUUAGCAAGCCCUUACCUCGCAAAUAUCGCGAGGUAGUCCCAAGCCAUGGAAGCCGUCGCUAGAACUCGAAAAUCCCACCGAUCUAACAUCGGAUUCCGCCAUAGGUUCAUAAAUGCGAAUUACCAGU